CCACCUCUCUGCUUGAACGUUGUUGAUGAGCCAGUGACGCGCAGGGCUAUUCUCAUCAAUAUCAAAUGCAGUGUUUCUUCAACAAUGCUCGUUUCAUGCGUGACUGUGAUAGUGAUAUGAACCCUGGUAGUGCCGAUUUUGACGAGAAUUUCAACAGGAGGAAGCAGCGUCGCAACAGAACAACAUUUACAAUGCAACAGCUAGAGGAGCUGGAGAGUGCUUUCGCUAAAACUCACUACCCGGAUGUGUUCACACGCGAGGACCUGGCCAUGCGCAUUAAUCUCACAGAAGCCAGAGUUCAGGUCUACAAAAAAGUUAAGAAGAAGGAAGAAAAGCAAACAGAUCCGGAGCGAUCAACGAUUGUGUGGUUUCAGAAUAGACGGGCGAAAUGGCGAAAACAUGAGCGAAUAAAACAAGAAAAGAAAGUGGACCCUGCCAACUCGUCAAGUGAAACAUUGAACGGAGGCGCUAUUGCUUUAGUCUCCCAACCAGAAUCGACAUCAGUGAACAAUAAUUUAUGCCCAGAAAAUGAAGAAAAGGAGGCUCUCAGGGGAGAUGUUACUGAUGACGGAGGUCUUGCACUCACUAAAGAUGGUAUUGACAGAAUGUCAACUUACCUAAGUCGACCGGUAAUGUUAGGUGGAGCAAUGUCCUUUGAUAAAACUGGUUUUCGACCGUUAAGUUGGCUAAAUGGCCUCCAUCCUCUUGUCGCCACGCCUUAUGCAACACAGUUGAUGACGUAUGCAGCUAGAAAAGGUACCGGUACGCUAUCAUAUUUCUGUUGUUUAUUCAUGUGUAAAUAG